GUCAUAACCAGAUUUAUUGACUUUGCUUUUUGUAUGCUGGAGAGUGGUUUUCUGUGUGUUUAACAACGUAAAACAGUAAAAAAUGCAAAAAACUGUAAAAAUAAUAAUUAUUUAGAAGUAAAUAAUUUUCAUUUGUCACAGUUGCAAGACACUUAAUCAAAACCAGUGCGAAGUUUCUUUUCAAAAGCGUAUAUCAGAAAUAACUGGCCGAAGAAUGGAUCAGGAAAAACUCUUCACUAGCGUCGAAGAGGAAUGUUUAUAUUGGAAGGAACGAUGCUUGAAACUCAAGCAAGAACGAAACGAUGUACAAAGAGAAUUCGAUGAUUUUACAGAAGAAUCGCGGCAAUUAGAAGCUGAAUUAGAGAUGACGGUAGAACAACAAGAAAAAAAGAUCCGUGACUUAAAUCAAAUGGUAAAUCAGCUUCGAGUAGAAUGUGAGUCCUACAAACGAAAAGUUACGAAUACAGAAAAUGAGUCGAAUAAAAUUGACGCUGAUUAUAAACAACUGGCAAAAGAAAAUGAAAAAUUUAAGGUGUAUAUCCGUGAACUCGAGCAGAAGAACGACGACUUAGAAAGAGCUAAUCGGGUAGCUAGUGAAAGUGUAGCAGAAUUUGAAUCGAUGCUUAACCAAGCAUAUGAAAAAAAUGCUUUGCUGGAGCUAGAAGUAGAUGAGAAAGAACGCAUGCAAAUUAAACUUCAACGUCUAAUGGACGAAGCACGGGACCUUAAGCAGGAAUUAAAAGUAAGGAACUUUUCAAAAAUAGAAGGCGAAGACGAACCGUUGGAAACUGCGAUAGACAACAUAACAGUUGAGAAAACAUUUGACGUUCCCAACGAAAUGAAAUCUUUGACAUCUACUAAUACCAACACCACCGCCAAUCUCUGCCUCAGUAGUAAGUUGGAAAAUAUCAACAAUAACAUCAACUGCAGCAAAAAGACCGAUUCCACCAUCGUAGCACUUACGAAAUCAACCAGUAAACUUGACUUGGAAUCUAAGGAAGUAUCAUUGGAUAAUAUAGUAUCUCAACUUGACGAAGAUGCUCUUCAGCAGAAAUUAAUUACUGAGCGAAACGGAAACAUUGAUACUGCAUCUGCUCUAAUUCCGAAUGUUUUGAAUGCACCAAUGGCUCCCAGUGACCGUGUAUCGACACUAAGCAUUGUUGCUGACUUACUCCGACGACUUGAUAAUAUGGAGGCUAAACUCAAAGCUUGGAAAAUUCGUAAACCUUCAUCUCGUACAAAUCUUGCAUCAAAUGCAAGUCAUCGGCAUAACCAUUUGAAUCAUCAUUUGCAGCAUCAUUCUCAACACCAGCAAAGCUCACCAGUGUCGAUAAUGGGUGGGACACCUGCUGACAGCAACGCAUCGCUUCAUUCCAUUGACAGUGGGGACAGUUGCUGCAACGUACAGUUGCACUCUUAUCAACCGGGAAUGGCAAGCAUUGGUACACAAACCUCUCAGCAGCAGCAAAUCCAGUUAGCUGCUGUGAAAACCGAACUGAAAACAAGCAAGUAAUUAAACGACUCCUGCUCUUUUACUCUUAUGCGUAUACAUUAUAUUUUUAAUUAAAUUAUUUAAUUUAAUGUCCAACAUUUUUAUUGAAUAAGUGUCUUUAGUUCAUGUUUGUACAUAUAUGUGUAAAAGAGGAGAAGAUGUGUGGUAAAAAUCAAAUAUUUCCUAGCACGUUGAUUUUGUUUGUUUGAAAAACGUUGAUCGAAUUCAGAAAGCAACAUAGGUAAUUAUCUGAGAAUUAUAUAACAGUUUAAAAUAUUGUCUUCGAUUUACUUGAAUUGCAUAAGAAUUUAUAUUUCGGGAUAAGCCUUUCUCUAUAUUUUUCGAAGAACUUUAAAUAAAAUAUCGAGAGAUCUAUUGACGAAAUUGUAACAAAAAAGAGUUAUCAACACAUUUCUAAAUGUAUGUAUUGAUGAAUUAAAGUGCUGUCAUAUGUGAGCAAAUAUUGUUAUAAGUCGCAGCUUCUAGAUAAUAUACUAUAAAUGCAGAAUAAAACAGCUAAACAAUACAACUUAGUAGACCAAAUUCGAUAAUGUAUACACGAUAUAAGUUCUUUCAAUAGCAUACAUAAUAGAAAGCACAGUUAAUCCCAACCUAACUGUACAUAACAGACUAAUUGACAAGAAUAAUGGUAGUAUAUC